UGACCCGCGAACACAGUCCCCGACUACAGCCUCAUGGCUGGCCUGUUUCCACCUGGCCUGGCUAGGGUUUGGCAUAUCUUUCCAACCCCCAGCACUUGGUGUCUCAGAGAUGAAAGCAGCAGGCAGUGGAGCAGUGCCGUUCACCAAAGCCAAGAUAUGGAGUCAGUUUAGGAGCCCAUGGAAAGAUGGCUGUGCGUUGAAGAGGCAGACAGCAGCAAACCGGUGGGCAGCUCCCUGCCCGAGGGGCUUUCAUCCUAGACGCUCAGGGCUCCAGGGCUCUGCUUGCUCUUCAGCUCUUCAGGGCUCAGAGCCUUGAGAGUGUCAGCACUAACUCCUGCUCAAGGGAGGGCGGAAAAGAGACUCUCAGUGUGAGGAUCGGCUGCACUGGCUCACCCGGAAGGUGCUUUGAGCUCCCGCCAGAUCCUGUGGAAACAGCGGUUGCAUUUGAACAAGAAUCCCAGACCCGCCCUGGGAAGUGUGCUGACUCCAGGCCUCACCUGGACUUUGCCAAUAGACAAAAACAUUCUCUGCCACCCCUCCAUAGCGUGACUGGGCUGCCGGGAAGUGGAAGGCCACACCUGCCUGCAUUCCCUGCCCAAGUCCACUUGUCUGCUGGCCUGGAGACAGGUCUGGUUGGCCUUUCUGAUUCUUAGAGAAGGAAUUAUUGCUUCUGGGUGUGCUAGCGGCCGCUUGGAACAAACUGAUAUUAAGGCCCUUGGCCUUGGCUGGUGCAGGGGUGUAGGCGUGACCAGGCAGAUGAGCCCCCAGGACAGUUCUGUGUACCCUUUCGAGUUCCUUCUGUUGGUGGGGAUACCUGUGGCCAGCGCUUUCCUUCUGCUUCAGUGCCUUCGCUGGCACUGUUCUCGGUGGCGGCCAAAAGACUGCAGGAAUCCAGAUGACCAAGAGGAGACCGUGUUCCCACCCACUUCAUUACCAGAAUAUGAGCCCCCAAGGCAGUGCCCACCACCGACACUACCAGAGGUGGCUGCGUUCUACCAGGAGCUCCACACGCCCACCCGGGGCCAGACCAUCACCCGGAAGCUGAUGAAUAAGUUACUGGUGUAUUCUGCUCGAGAAGUGGACCACCGUGGCGGAUGCCUGAUGCUGCAGGACACAGGCAUUUCUCUGCUCGUCCCACCAGGUGCUGUGGCAGUGGGUCGCCAGGAGAGGGUGUCCUUGGUUCUGGUGUGGGACCUGAUGGAUGCCCCAUCAUUGUCUCACAGACAGGGGCUAGUGAGUCCUGUGGUGGCAUGUGGCCCUCAUGGAGCCUCCUUCUUGAAGCCUUGCACCCUCACAUUCAAGCACUGUGCCCAGGAGCCCAGUCAGGCCUGUGCCUACACCAGCAAUACUUCCUUGCUGGAUGCCAAGAACUGGAGGUGUCUGGGUCGGCCGGGGGCUUAUACCUCCCGGGAUGAGUGCCGUAUCCUGCUCUCUCACUUCAGCCUCUACACCUGCGUUCUGGAGGCACCCCUGGGUCAGACAGCCCACAAGUGGCUGCAGCUGGCAGUGUUCUGCUCCCCACUGGCGCCCGGGCAGACCCACCUGCAGUUGCGUGUCUACUUCCUGAACAAUACUCCCUGCGCACUGCAGUGGGCUAUCACCAAUGAGCAGCCCCACGGUGGACGCAUGCGUGGACCCUGCCAGCUCUUCGACUUCACUGGGGCCAGAGCAGACCAGUGUCUGAAGCUCAAGUACAUCUCUGAGGGUUGGGAAAACGUGGACGACAGCAGUAGCCAGCUGGUUCCCCACCUUCAUAUCUGGCACGGAAAGUGCCCCUUCCGUUCUUUCUGCUUCCGGAGAAAGGCAGCCAAUGAGAAUGAAGACUGCUCGGCAGUAACCAAUGAGAUCAUUGUCACCAUGCACACCUUCCAGGAUGGCUUGGAAUCCAAGUACAUGGAAAUCCUCAGGUUCCAGGCCUCAGAGGAAGAGUCCUGGGCGGCACCACCUCCUGUCUCUCAGCCUCCCCCAUGCAAUAGGCUGCCCCCGGAGCUCUUUGAGCAGCUGCAGAUGCUGUUGGAGCCCAGCAGUGUCACUGGGAACGACUGGCGUAGACUGGCCACCCACAUGGGGCUCUGUGGCAUGAAAAUCCGGUUCUUGUCCUGCCAACGUAGUCCAGCCGCGGCCAUCCUGGAGCUGUUCGAGGAACAAAAUGGCAGCCUGCAGGAGCUUCACUACCUCAUGACUGCCAUGGAACGCUUGGACUGCGCCUCCGCCAUCCAGAACUACCUGAACCGAACCCCCCGGGGCAGCCCUGCCACGAUGCACGGAGGCACCUGGGAGCUGGAUGAGAAACUCUAAGCAUGGCCUGCGGGGCCUCAUGGGGUACUGCAGCAGGCUGGGUCAUGCCUGUGAGUUCAGGGUCAUUGACGCAGACCCGGGUGGACCGAGCUAGAACCUUCAGCGAGGCUAGACUGCCUUGCCAUCAGUCCUGCAUCAGGACCACUCUCUAUCCUGUUGGCCAACUUUGUCUUGAGUGCAGGUUCCCUCCUGGUCAGUAGAGGGCGCAGGAGUCUGGGAGAUGGCCACAGCCCAGUCAGCUUUCAAAAUGCUGCUUUAUUUUCUCGUGGACGGCCAGGUGGCCCUGCAAGCACACUGAGAUGGAGACUGCUCAGUCCACAAGUAUUCAGGGAGCACUGAGUCUCAGCACCAAGCAGGAAUCAUGGGGGAAUGUCGGCUUCUUUGAUCUUGUUCUGGAGUCUGUUCUGCCGAAUUGAUGUGCAAUUACUGUCAGCUGAGCGCAACAUUCUAGAACUGCCUUCCUAUGGUUAGGGAAUGCGGUGGGUGUGGAGCUGUGCUUAGCUUUGAGUUGAGAAGGGAGGGCGUUGAGGUGGGCCCGAGCAAAGAGUAGUCUCCAGAAAGGAUCAUGGGAGAGACCUUUGGGUGGGGCUUGGAGAAUAGGGUGGGUGCACAGAGAACCAAGAGUGAGUGUGUUGGGCUGCCUUAAGGAGCUCACCUGAGGGGUGUGAGGAGGUUGGCAGCGGGUUUAAGGCCAGAUCUAGAGAAGGGCAGUCAUAGCUACUGGCCUCAUGCUCCUGCCCCUUCAUGUCUUCCCAUGAAGGUCGUUCUCUGCCACUGUCUCUCUCACCACAAACACACACACACACACACACACACACACGCACGCACGCACGCACGCACACAUGGAGCUGAGAAGCAUUCAGGGUGCACAUUCUUUCACAGCCCAGGUCUUUCCACCUCCAGCUGAGCGUGUUAAGCCUCUGGCUCCUUUUCCUACAGUUGCCCCCUUUCAGGGUCCUGUCCUUCUGUGGCUCAGGGCUUCACACUGCUUGUCUCUCUCUAGUUAUGGACGCCCCUCCCCCCAUCGUUGUGUGCUUUUUUAUUUUUUUAUUAAAACAAAUCCCCUGCCACUACCUCAGAACUACUGAAGGAGCCUCAACUAUUCAGGGAGUGAAUGAGCACAGAUUUCCCUCCAGAUCAAAGUCUCCUUUAAGGCCAGCAAGUAAAGACUGGAGAUUAAAGGACAGUCCACCCAGUCAACAGUUCUGGUUAUUAAUACUCUUGCUUCCCAAUAGUUCUGUUAAUUUGUCCAAAGACAGAUGAUCUCUCUGGAAAGCCCUAACAGUUCACUUCCACAUUUAAGUAAAAUUUUGGUACUUUUUAAUGGUGAGCAAUAUUAGUAAGACAUGAAAAUGACUUUCUUCUUAACUAAGUUUUGCCAAGACUGAUAAUUUUGCACAUAGGUAUGACUUUUUAAUACAAUUUAAAAAUUUACACUAUAUUCUGUGUAGAUAUGUGUAUGUGUGAAUGCAGGUGUCAGCGGGGGGCAAAAGAAGCCAUUGGCUCCCCCGGAGCUGGAGGUUGUGAGCCAUCUGGCCAGGGAGCUGGGAACUGAACUGUGGUCCUGACCACUGAACUGUCUCUCCAGGCUUCAGUGACUUUGGAUGGUAACAGUGUACGGAUGAGUGUUCUGCAGUGCACUUCUGGGACGAAAGCAGACCAGUACCAGGCAGCUCAGUUCUCCUUCUUGGAGCAAAGCCUUAGGAUUUGGGCCCUUCCAGUUCCUCCCUGUUCUUUAAACCUCUCUUGUCACCUUCUGCCCUUCUUCUCCCUUCUCUCCACGCCGCUGCUGAUCUGUCCGAGUCAGUGCCUUGGCUCAGAAUUGGCCAGCAAAGGGCAUUUCCCCCUUCAUCCCCCGCAGCUUCUUCUCUGCAGGCCAAUCAAAGGCAUCCUUGGAGUCCUUUCUGGAACAAUUGAUUUUAUAUAGCAAACAGAAGCCACAGGGGUUACAGGAGAGGGGGGUUGUGGGAGUUCUGAUUCCCAUCACGGGAGAGAAGCUUUCUGGUGCGUGCUAAGGUUUGCUAGAGGGACAGGAGUGAUGAUAUAUAUAUAUAUAUAUAUAUAUAUAUAUAUAUAUAUAUACACUAUAUAUAUUAAAAUGGUGCUUAUUAGAUCGACUUAUAGGAUAUGAGCUGGAAAGUCCAACAUGGCUGUCUUCACACCAAAGAGACCGAGAACCUGGUAGCUGUUUAGUCUGUAUGGCUGGGUUUCUUAGCAAUCCCAGUUUGUGCCAAAGGUCUAGAGGAUUCCUGCAGAAUCACUAAGUCUUCUGUCCAGCACUGGAAGCCUAAAGAGAGGAAAAGGGAACUGGGGUUUGAUACCAGUAAAGAGUUGCCACCGCCACUGCGAUGGGGUUGAGAAACUUGCCAGCCAGAGUGAAGGCAAACAGGCAAAGGGCCAAGCCUUUUCUCUCGGUCUUUCCUUUUAUCUGUCCCCAGAAGGUACUCCCCAGGCCCCCACACGUAGGGUGGAUCUUUCCCACUCCAAAUAAGAAAAUCAAAGCUAACCUUACCUCACAGGCGUGCCCAACAGCUUGCAUUUGAGCUGAUUCCAGAUCCAGGCAAGCUGACAACCAAGAUUAGUCAAUCAGGCUGCCUAGGCCAGCUUCUCAGAAUGAGUUUCCAGGGCAGACAAAAGGAUGCUUGAACGUCCUGGACAGGUGCAGGCUACAAGGUUCCCACCUGACUAGUAUAUAUUUCUGGUAACUAAAGUUAAGAGAGGGUGAACGGUAGUGGGUGCCAGAAGACCUAAUGCUUUGUCCUAAACUUUUGGGCUGACUAGAAUGGGGACUUUCCACCCUCAGAGCUGAGUAAGAGUAGAAGAGGGCUACCAAGGACCUUUGAGUCCACAGUUUGGACCGAGAUGUCACACAGUGACCCUGUCGCAGGGAGCUAUUUCCCUCUUGUGCACUGACUUUACUAAAAACGCUUGGUGGCCACAUGAGGCUUCUCUUCCAACCCUUCCCUUGAUAGGUCACCUGUCUGGUUCCGAGAAACAAAUUCAUGACUGCUCUCCUGAGUGUCACAGAGGCCAUGUCUUGUCUUGCUCCCAUGGGCAAGGGCUGGGGGUAGACGGGGGGGGGGGGGAUCACGGGGGGGGGUGGAGUCGGCGCCUCCAGGGCUCACAGGUAAGCCUGUCUCAGUACUCACUCAGAGCCCGGGUGAUAGCACUGAGGUCCAGACCUUUGUCAUCCAGUUGAAAUACAGCGAGAGCCACAUGCACGCAUUCACAUUUCCUAAGAGUCGCUUCAAAAACAUAAAAAGAGGGAAGCUGAGAUGGCUCAGAGGCACUUGCUGCCAAGCCUGACCACCUGAGCUCAUACCUAGGACUCACAUGGUGGAAGGAUGGGACAGAUUCCUGCAGGUGUCUCCUGCCCUCCAUACACACACUGUGACACAAGUGAGACUCCCUUCCCCUGGAAAUAAAUGUAAUAAAAAUUUUAAUGUAAAAAGAG